GGCGUACACCACGUACACCGAUGCAUCCAUAGCAUCGAGCUCUCUUGGCUGGAUUGCUAACGGUCUGUCAGGUAUCACACAUUGGGCUUGAAGGGGGAAGAGCAGCGGUGGAGAAGAAGGGCGACCUAAGCGCCGCUACGAAAUGGCCGGGCAACAGUUCCAGUACGAUGACAGCGGCAAUACCUUUUUCUAUUUCCUAACGUCCUUCGUCGGACUUAUUGUGAUCCCGGCCACAUAUUACCUCUGGCCCCGGGAUCAAAAUGCUGAACAACUGCGCCUAAAGAGCCUACGGAGGGUGCACGGCAGGUGUCUGUGGUAUCGGCUCAGGCUGAUGAAGUCGCAGCAGAGCAUCGUGCCAACACUAAAGAAAGCAGCCUUGUUAUUUGGGUGGCUCGUGUUUUUGCUGCUGGCCUACAAGGUGUCUAAGCUGGACAGAGAGUACCAGGAGUAUAAUCCAUAUGAAGUCCUCAGCUUGGACCCGGGUGCAUCGCUGUCAGAAAUCAAGAAGCAGUACCGUGUACUGUCACUCAAGUAUCACCCCGACAAAGGUGGCGAUGAGGCCACAUUCAUGAGAAUUGCUAAGGCUUAUGCUGCUCUAACCAAUGAACAGUCAAGGCAGAACUGGGAAAUGUAUGGAAACCCUGACGGCCCAGGAGCAACCAGCUUUGGCAUUGCCCUGCCUGCCUGGAUUGUUGACCAGAAGAACUCAAUGCUGGUGCUGUUGGUGUAUGGACUUGCCUUUAUGGUUAUCCUUCCUGUUGUUGUGGGGACAUGGUGGUACCGCUCAAUCCGAUACAGUGGAGACCAGAUCCUCAUCAACACUACCCAGCUCUUUAUGCAUUUCAUGUGCAAGACACCGAAUAUGAACAUGAAACGGUUAAUCAUGGUGUUGACGGCAGCACUCGAAUUCGAUCCUCGCAACAAUAAAGAAGCAACCAUAAGACCCACAGACAACGUUGAAGUGCCGCAGUUGAUCCGUGAAUUAGGAAAUAUCAAUGUGAAGAAGAAGGAGCCUCCGUUCUACUAUCCCUACAGUCUGAAGGCCAGGGUGUUGGUGUUAGCUCACUUGGCCCGCAUGGACGUGUCUGAGGAAUUAGAGGAAGAUCAGAGGUUUGUGGUGAAAAAGACUCCAGCGCUUCUCCAGGAGAUGAUCAAUGUGGGCUGUCAGCUUAUUUUUAUGGCCAACAGCAGAGGUUUCAGUGCUCCUCGCUUGGUGACCAUAGAGAACUGUAUGAAAUUGACCCAGAUGAUAGUGCAGGGCCUGAAGGAGUCAAAGUCACCGCUGCUGCAGCUGCCUCACUUUGAAGAGGAGCACCUCCGAUACUGCAUUUCUAAAAAGUAUAAGGUGCGAACCCUCCAGGACUUGGUGAGUCUGAAGGACUCCGACAGACGAAACAUGCUGCGUUUCCUUGGAGAGGAGAAGUACGACGAGGUCAUGGCUGUGCUGGCCAGCUUCCCUCACAUCACCAUGGAUAUCAAACUGCAGGUCCUUGAUGACGAAGACAGUAGUAACAUCACGGCAGGCUCAAUCGUCACAGUAACCGUCACCUUAAACAGGAAACGGAUGGCGGACAUGUUUGAACAAGAGCAAGAGCCAGUGCCGUGUCAAGGAGAUGAGACUGCCACUACAGAGGAAGCGCAAGGAGACACAAGUAAAGCCAAAACCAAAGUGUGGCAGAACAAGAAUAAAGGGGCUAAAAAGACAGCCAAGUCCAAGAAGAAAAAGUUAACCAAGAAGAAAGCCACUCCUGCUCCUGCCAAAAACAAGCAGGCCAAUGGCACCGUGGCAGGAAAUGAAGCCGCAACAACAACAACAACAGCAGCAGCAGCAACUGUGGCGACAAAGGAGGAAGAUGAUGAUGGGUCAGACAAAGGCAGCGAGUCAGACGAGGGCGAAGCCAACAAGGAUUCUCCGAGCGAAAGAGACGAAGACAGCGACAAACAGAGCGACACAGAAGUCGACGAGAUGGCUGGCGACGACGAGGAGGAGUGGGAAGCGUUGCAACAAAGCAUCCAGCGGCGAGAGCGGGCCCUGCUAGAAACCAAGUCAAAGGUGACACACCCGGUCUACAGUCUCUACUUCCCAGAGGAGAAGCAGGAGUGGUGGUGGCUCUACAUUGCUGACCGCCGAGAGCAUACCCUCGUCUCCAUGCCCAGUCACGUGUGCACGCUAAAAGACACAGAAGAGGUGGAGCUCAAGUUUUCAGCCCCCUCCAAAACGGGCAACUACCAAUAUUCUGUUAUCCUUCGUUCUGAUUCCUACUUAGGACUGGACCAGAUCAAACCACUCAAGUUGGAGGUCCACGAGGCCAAGGCCAUUCUGGACAACCACCCGCAGUGGGACAUCCCUGACACAGAGGAGGAGGACGAGGAGCAAGAGGACAGCGACGGCAUCGAGGAGAGUGAAGAUGACGAUGAGGACAACGACUGAGCGCGUGCGUACGCGCUCAGCCCUCCCCUCCCUCCUCCCUUUACCCUCUCAUGGACUUGGCCACACAUUCACUGCUGACCCUGCUCAAGCCAGAAAGCAGUCAGUGAGGAGCAGCGAAGCCACAAACACUCACAGAGUCACCGGGGACAGUUUCUACACACAGAGCCCUCCUCCAUUUAACCUUUGCAAAGUCAUGGACUGUGACCUGAACCACGACACCCCGAAAUUCUCUUUUCUACAGAGACUUGUUUAUUCACUUUCCGCUGCUGGCGGAAGAGAAUUCUGUGAAUACUAACAGGCCUGUUGUGUGUGUGUGUGUGUGUGUGUGUGUGUGUGUUUGUGAGCGGGUGUGCGUGCGAGUGCGUCAAUGGUAUGUAACCUUGUGUCUUUGUACAGGUAUGGCAAAUGGACACACUGUGGACUGGAGGAUCUAUUGUUAGAAUUCUAAUUAUUAUUAUUAUAUUGGCUCUUUUCUUCUUUUCUUGACAGGGAGUGGGGAUGUAUAACCGCCAAUUCCAUCUGCAAAAUUAAAAAUGCUGAUCUCCGUAUGGAAAUCAUUCUCAACACA